AUGACACCUGAACCCCUCCUUGCACCAUUGGUCUUUGCUGGUCUGUGCGCUGUUAACUGCCCUGCUUGUAUCCCCGAGCUGUCUGAAGUGAUAAAGACUUUGCCAAUGCCGCAUCGCGUGCGCAGUCAUAUUAUUUGUUGUGUCACUAAUGAGCCUAUGGAUGAAGAUAACCCUCCAAUGGCUAGUCCAGAAGGACAUUUAAUAUCAAGAAAGGGUUUAGAGUUAUUAACAGAAAAAUCCAAGACAGGAUUAAUUUCUUCUCCUUAUUCAAGAAAUAAAUACCCACCUAGUACAUUUACGAGGGUUUAUCUUACAUAA